GACACCAUAUUGAAGAAGUGAUAGUGUUAGAAACAACCAACCGAUAUGGCUUUUAUGCACCUCACUGCCUCUUCUGCUCCUUUAUUGCUCAGUUUGACACUAAUAUUCGGUUUAUGGCACAGAACGGAGGGUGUGGUGAAGCUGCCACCAAACGUUUCAGUUCCAGCACUGUUUGCGUUUGGAGAUUCGAUCGCGGACACAGGCAACAACAACGACUUGAAAACAUUGGUCAAGUGCAACUUCCCACCUUAUGGCAAAGAUUUUCAGGGAGGAAACCCAACGGGUCGAUUUUGCAAUGGAAAAGUUCCUUCAGACAUACUAGCUGAAGAAUUGGGUGUUAAGGAGUAUUUGCCAGCUUAUUUGGAUCCAAAUCUCAAAUCUAGUGAUCUUCUUACCGGCGUAUGCUUUGCUUCCGGUGCUUCAGGAUACGAUCCUUUGACACCACAAAUUGCGUCAGUGAUACCAUUAUCAGCUCAAAUAGACAUGUUCAAAGAGUACAUAGCGAAGGUGAAAGGCAUGGUUGGAGAGAAAAGAACAAACUUCAUUCUAGCCAACAGUCUUUACCUUGUGGUGGGAGGCAGUGACGACAUUGCUAACACCUAUUUUGUUGCUCAUGCCAGAAUAUUGCAGUAUGAUAUUCCUUCUUACACUGAUCUAAUGGUGAACUCCGCUACUGAUUUUGUGAAGGAACUAUAUAAUCUGGGAGCUCGUAGACUGGCAGUACUCAGUGCACCACCGAUUGGAUGCGUGCCAUCACAGAGAACCCUAGCCGGAGGGCUAACAAGAAAGUGUUCCGAAAAGUACAAUAACGCAGCAAAGUUGUUCAAUUCCAAACUGUUGAAGCAUUUGGAUUCCCUUGCUCAUAACUCACCCAAUAGCAGGAUUGUUUACAUUGAUGUUUACAACCCUCUACUUGAUAUCAUUGAAAACUACCAAAAUUAUGGAUAUAAAGUUAUGGAUAAGGGUUGCUGUGGCACAGGAGAUCUGGAGGUUGCAGUGUUAUGCAACCCUUUGGAUGCCACUUGUUCUAAUGCUUCGGAAUAUGUCUUUUGGGAUAGUUAUCAUCCUACAGAAGGAGUAUACAGAAAGCUCGUAAAGCAUGUUCUUGAUAAAUACAUCAAUCGAUUGAUUUGAGCGCUAUUAAGUUUGCUCACGGAAAAUAAGUUGAAUUAAUUAAGUUAAAUUUAUUGUCAAGUUGUUUGUGUGAUUGUUUAAUAUUAUUUGUAGAAUUAAUACACUACUAGGCAUCCAUGUUUCCCACUUCCACAUUUUUCCUCAAUGAAAUGUUCUCUUCUAUUUGUUGAGUAAUAAAAUUAAAAGUAAUUUUCUUGUGGUUUGCCGUAUUCA